UUCUUCAGCUCUGGGAAAUCAAGUCAACAACAAUACUUCUACUUUUCCACAUUUAGAGCUUUGUUUUUAUAGUCAGAAUGAUUAUCGCAGCGUUCAAUGUCAAGAGACUGGGAUUGACUAAAGUUAACAGACCGCAUGUCCUGAGAUAUCUUAUUAAGAUAAUGUCUCGGUACAGUGUGGUGGUGAUACUGGAGGUGGUGGAUAAGAACAGAAGGGCCAUCAAAAAGUUAGAGAAAGAGCUCAACAAGGACAGCUCCAACAGAAACCGUCCUUACUCCAUGAUCUCCAGCAGUGAGCUGGGACGAAGCUCCUACAAGGAGCGCUUUGUUUGUUUCUACAGAGAGGGAGAUGUGACGCUGAAAAAAUCUCAUCAGUAUGAAGAUAAUCAGGUUGGAGACGAGGACGCCUUUGCCAGAGAGCCGUUACUCCUCCACUUCAGCUGUCCUUCCACGCUGGUGAAAGACCUGGUUCUGAUCCCGGUCCACACCAAACCAAGGGACACCAAGAAGGAGCUGGACGAGCUGCACGACGUGGUCGUCGCUGUGCAGAAGAAUUGGAAAACUACUAAAAUCAUGAUUUUGGGGGACUUUAAUGCAGAUGGAUGUUAUCUCUCCCAGAAGAAGAAGAAGAAGCUCCGUAUCUCCUCCGCUCCGUAUCAUUGGCUGAUAGAUGAUGAUGUCGACACGACGACCAGUAACUGUAACGACCACACCUACGACAGGAUCGUGGUGUACGGGAAGCUAGUGCUGGAUGCCGUCGUCCCCGGCUCGGCCAAAGCCUUCAACUUCCAGAGAGAGUUCAACCUGACAGAUGAAGAAACUCAGAGUAUCAGCGACCACUACCCUGUGGAGGUGGAGCUGAAGACCAAUCAGAAAUCACAGAGACGGAAGCAGGCGGCUCUGCACCGAACCACAAAGACAACAUCCACCAAUAGACGAACUCCAAAGAAUGGACCACAGAAGAAGAAUAGGAAGAAGGCAGAGCUGGCUCCACCGCAGAAGAAGAAGAAUAUAGGAGGAAAAAGGAAGAGAGAGUCGUCAUCAGAGACGCCAGCCAAGAGACCACGUUAUAACAAAUAA